UCCAAAAAAGCACCACCGGGUCUCUUCCGUGUACGGCGGUCACGGAAAAAAUUCUCCGUUACAUCUCCGCCGUCUCCUUUAUCUCUAUAUAUUCAUUUACAUAUAAACAAUUUCAUAUAAUUCUUCUUCUUCAUCUACUUCCAAUACAUUAUAUUCAUAUUCAAAAAUCCAAAAAUACCUGUGAUUAUUUCUCAUUAUUACAUGGCGGUUACUUUUCUUAAUCGGAAUGUGUCAGAUUUGUGCGUAGGUAAGCCGGCGUUAAAGCCAUUGCCGGCGUCAGCCACCGUAGCGGAGGCGUUAACGGCUUUGAAAAAAUCCGGCGAGCCUCAUGUGAGCGUGUGGAGCUGUGACCAUUCCAAAAAGGAGGUUCUGGAAGGUAAUUGUGAGUGCCUUUGUGUUGGGAAGAUUUGCAUGGUUGAUGUGAUUUGUUUUCUAUGUAAAAGUGAGAAUUUGGAUGAUCCUUCGAAAGCUCUCGAGACAUCGGUUUCACAGAUUUUGCCUAAAGAGAAUCAUAUUGUGAGGCAUUUAGCGCCCAAUUCGAGCUUGCUGGAGGCAAUAGAUUACAUUCUUGAAGGCACCCAUAAUCUAGUUAUACCAAUCCAAAAUUACAUUAGCACAAAUUCAAGGAAAACGCUGAGUAAAUCAUCCCCCCUGAGUUGCAAGCAUCGCGGCGGAGUUGAAUACUGUUGGCUAACGCAGGAAGAUGUUGUCCGCUUCCUUCUCAACUCCAUUGGAGUCUUCUCCCCUAUGCCCACUUUUUCAAUUGAAUCGCUCAACAUGAUAGAUUGUAACGUCAUGACUAUUCGUUACCAUGACCCUGCAAUCUCUGCCUUAGAUUCCCUUGCUCUCGCACACGUUGAGCAAACUUCAGUGGCAGUUGUUGAUGAUCACAACAGAUUAAUUGGUGAAAUCUCCCCCUCCACUCUUGCCUACUGUGAUGAAACCACAGCAGCAGCAAUCGUGACCCUUUCAGCUGGUGAUCUGAUGGCUUACAUUGACUGUGGUGGUCCUCCAGAGGACUUGGUCGAGCUCGUGAAGGUGAGGUUGCAAGAGAAAAAGCUUGGCGCAGUAUUGGAACUAAUGGAUGAAGAGUUUUCUUUGUCUUCGUCAUCAUCAUCAUCAUCCUCAGCUUCUAGUUGUUCUUCUGAUGACGAGUUAGGGGUUUGCAGAAUUAAUGGUUCAGGACGAUAUUCUUCAGCUAGAAGGUCAGAGGCGAUCACCUGUUAUCCCGGGAGUUCAUUGGUGGCUGUGCUGAUUCAAGCACUUGCACAUCGUGCAAGUUCCGUUUGGGUCAUGGAUGAGGAUAACACUUUGAUUGGAUGCGUAACCUUUAAAGGAAUUCUGAAAGUUUUCAGGAGCCUUGCAAAUGUGAGGCCUUUAACCAUGUAAGGAGAAUUCAGUGAAGUACUAACAAAUUUUGCACGAACGGCAGGCUUUUUGGGUGGUGAGUGAAAAAGUUGUGUUUAAGUAGUUGUUAGUUUUGGAACUUAAUCUUGUAUAUGUUGUUCUCAAUGGUCGUUUUGUCUAUUGGUUAUUCUCAUAGGGGAAGCUCUAUAUUUCAAUUUUAUGGCUUUGCAA